UUUUUCGAGAAAGAGAAGAAAAAGGAAAGCUUUUGAGUUUCCACGUUCUUUCUUCCAAUCGCAGAGGCCAGAAUCAAACUCCUCAUACAAACCAAUGCCUAAAGCUAGAGAAGGCCAAAAACCCACCAAUUGUUGUCGGUAACGGAUUGUCUCAUUUAUUUGAUGAUUUAUUCGUGAAGAAAUUUGAAGGGCUUUAAAUUCAUGAUUUCAAUAUUAAGAAGGCUAUCGAAACCAUUUUUGUGCACUACUCGUGUCUCAAAACUCAUGGAUUCUUCUGCGGACUCUUCUGGGUGCUCAAGAAGAUUAGUCGCUUUGGCUCAGCAACUCCGCCUUUACAAGCCGCCUCCAUUGUUGGACGACAUAGAGGAGCCAAGCAGUGAGGAGAGCAAUGGAAAGGUUGUUUCUCAAGUGGGUUUUCCUGAAUCAACCACUCCAAUUCCUCGAGACCCAGAAAGAUUCAGACCCAAGAGAGCGGCUGUGUUGAUUUGCCUUUUUGAAGGGAAUGAUGGCGAUCUGCGGGUCAUUCUCACCAAACGAUCCUCGAGGCUGUCUACUCACUCGGGUGAAGUUGCAUUGCCUGGAGGAAAAGCAGAGGAAGGAGAUGAAGACGAUGGGGCGACUGCGACGAGAGAAGCAAAGGAGGAGAUUGGCUUGGAUCCUUCGCUUGUAAAUGUUGUUACUGUUCUCGAACCAUUCUUGUCUAAGCAUCUCCUAAGAGUGGUUCCUGUUAUCGGCAUUAUGAAUGAAAGAAAUGCAUUCAAUCCCAGGCCGAAUCCUGCUGAAGUGGAUGAAGUAUUUGAUGCUCCACUUGAUAUGUUUCUUAAGGAUGAAAAUCGGAGAUCGGAGGAAAGAGAGUGGAUGGGAUGCAAAUACCUUGUUCAUUUCUUUGAUUAUGAGACUGAGAAUAAGAAAUUUGUGAUAUGGGGUUUAACUGCUGGGAUCUUGAUAAGGGCUGCAUCAAUAGUACUUCAAAGCUCACCACCUUUUCUGGAGCAAAACCCUAUCUUCAAGGUAGAAGAUUCCAAAGAUUAUUGCACUCAUCUGGAGCCAAAAAUAAAAUUCCAGAGUAGAGGAAGCCACCAGUAUCAUGUGCUGAGGAAAAUAUCUUUGAGAGUGAAUGCUAGGAACAAACUUGCUGCAGUUGCUGGUAUAACGUCUUCAAUGGUAUAUCUCUCUCUUCCGUUUUUGCUCUAUGCUUGGUGCAGAACUCUCCAUAACUUUAAGGCAUCUGAUAUUGAAAAUGCAGAACACGAUUCACAGCAUGGAGAGCUUAAGCAGCUGUCCGUUAACAGGGCUGGCAAGUGUACGUGGGUUCAGAACUCAUUCGUUCUUCUAGAUGAUAACAUUACUUACCAUCGUCUAUGGUUCCAAAGUUCAAUAGUGAUGUUGACCAAAGUGGCUAAUUUGAUUAGUAGCAAAGACAAAUUAUUGUAAAUCAAAAACCGAUUGCUUGUGCUGCAAAAACUUCACUGCUAAUCUUGAUGUUCCUUCAAUGUAAAUAUAUUCUUCAACUUGAGCUUUUCUUGUAGACAACAUUCAUUUUACUGUUGGAUUGAAAUGGAGAUACUCAAAUGAAUUAUAGGA